AUGCUGGAAGUGGAGGAGACGAGUGGUGGUUCUACUUGCGGCGAAUCGUUGAGGGAGUCGCCGAAAGUCUUGACGGGCGGUGAUCGGAAAUUAUUGAAGGUGGAGCUCCGGCCAGGGGAUACGACGUAUGUGUCGUGGAAGAAGCUCAUGAGGGAAGCUAGUAAGGUCAAUGGGUUAUCGGCUUCGGUACCCGAUCCGCCUCCAAAUGCUAACCCUAACCUCGAGUCUCGCCUUGCGCCGGGGCCUCCAGCAGAAAUUGAAACGAAUGACCAACCUCAUUCUAACUGUUUCAACGCUGUUAUUGAGAAGAUAGAGAGGCUUUAUAAGGGAAAAGAUAGCAGUGAUGAAGAGUUAGACGGUGCUCCUGACGAUGAUGAGUAUGACACUGAAGAUUCAUUUAUCGAUGAUGCUGAACUAGAUGAGUAUUUUGAAGUUGAUAAUUCAGCAGUUAAACAUGAUGGAUUUUAUGUCAACAGAGGAAAGUUGGAGCGGAUGGAACCUUCGACAACAUCUGACAAGCAACAAAAAAAAAGGCGACGGAAAGAUUCAGCAAAUUCCCAUGGUGAUGGGGUUGACGUAAAUAAACAAACCAAGUUAUCUAUAACAGCUAGGCGAAAGGUUCAAUCAACUGCUUUUGGGUCCUCUUUAAAGAGAAAGUAUAAUGUUGCAAGGAAAACACAGGAGUCCCCUUUGCCUUUUGGAUCACAAAAUGCGAAUGCGUCAUUGUCUCUGGACAAUGUUAAAAAUUCUGAUAAAGCAAAUUAUCAGUCUAGGAAUGCCACAAGUCACAAGUCAAAGGAAGCUGGAGACUCUAGUGCCCUUGUAGUCCGUAAUAAAGAAAACAAUAGCACACUUGACCUGGCAAAUGCAACAGGAAGCAGGCAAUCCAUUCAAGCAACAAAAAAAGAUGGUUCUAAUGUGAAGUCUAGAACCUCGACCCUAGAGAAAGCCAUAAGGGAAUUGGAGAAGGUGGUUGCUGAAUCAAAGCCUCCUGCUGCCACUGAGAAUCAAGAAGCUGAUACCUCCUCCCAGGCAGUUAAGAGGAGAUUGCCAAGAGAAGUAAAAUUUAAUCUUGCUAAAGUUGCUAGGAUUGCGGCAAGCCAGGGAAAACUCUCGGCAGAGUUAAUCAACCGUCUUAUGAGCAUUGUUGGUCACUUUAUACAGCUUAGGUCACUUAAGAGGAACUUGAAAAUCAUGAUUGAUAUGGGCGAUUCUGCAAACCGAGAAAAAGAUAAUAGGUUCCAGCGAAUUAAUAAUGAAGUUCUUGAGAUGAUAAAAGCUAAGAUUUCUUUGAUGGAACCACAGGCAACCAAACAAGAAGUUGGAAGUUCCGAUGAUUUUCAGGACUCUGUAGAAAAGCCAUCUUUAAAGAAAUUUGUCAUGGAUGUGGCACUGGAGGAUAAAUUGUGUGACCUAUAUGACAUCUUUGUUGAUGGAUUGGAUGGAGAUCCAGGUCCAGAAAUAAGAAAGCUGUAUGCCAAUCUAGCUGAACUCUGGCCAAAUAGAUUAAUGGAUAAUCAUGGGAUCAAGCGUGCGAUCUGCCGGGCAAAGGAGAGGCAGAGAGCUUCGUAUGGGAAUCUUGGCAAAGAGAUGGAUCAAACGACGAUGAAGAAGAGGAGGAAGCAGUUGGUACCAAGAACAGACUGGACUGCUCAGCCCAACGCAAAUUCAGUUUUUCAGAGACAACACAAUGGAGAGAAAAUGACUGUUGAUGCAAACGCAACCAGCACUUCCCUUAUCUCCACUCAAACUAUGGCUGAUACUUCUUGUGACAGAUCAAAUCAGCAGCAUGAGAAACUAAAGGGAAGCUCAAGCACUUGCAAUCCGGGGGAAGAAACAAGAGUGGUCAAGAGAAAGGCAGAGCCAGUAAUGGCAGAGAAACAAGUCGUUCUGGCUCUGCAGAGGCAGGAACAUCCACAGGCACGUGUUAUCGCAGCUCCUCAUAAUCCGAACAUCCCAGAGACUCCUCUGGAUCUGAACCUGCCAAGUUGA